UUGACACUGGCUGGUGCCGUGUCGGCGUCGUCUUCUUCGUCUUCCUCUUCGGGCCACAAGCAAUUUGUCCGUCGUCAAAGCGCACAGGCGAGCCAAUACCCCCCGCAGCUCCAGACACCACCUCCUUCGAGCCUCAAGCAGGAGUGGGUUGAUGCCUACAACAAGGCCAAGGCCGCCGGCAAGAUUCCCGACGUUCCCUUGUCCACGGAGAACCCCGAUGGCAGCAACACUUACCCGGGCACUUACAACAAGGACUGGUGCAGCUGGACAACCGCAAAAUGCAACGGACCCAACGACAUCUACCAGGCCCCCGACAACGAGUGGGCCAUCUCCUUCGAUGAUGGACCGACUGGCGCCAGCUCGAAGCUGUACACCUUCCUUGAGCAGAACAACCAGAGUGCAACGCACUUCAUGAUUGGCAGCCAGGUCGUCGACUACAUGGACGUCGUCAAGGAGGCGGCCAACAAGGGUCAAGAGCUUGCGCUACACACGUGGUCCCACUCGCUCCUCACGACCAAGGACGACCUUGGUGUCGUGGGUGAGCUGGGCUGGAACUUGCAGAUCAUCUACGACGCCACAGGCUACAUUGCAACAAAGAUGCGCCCGCCCCAGGGCGACAUUGAUGCUCGUGUCAGGGCGAUUGCAACGGAAGUCUUCAACGUCACCUGCGUCAUGUGGGACACCGAGUCCAACGAUUGGUGCAUGACCAAGGGCUUCAAGACGGCAUGCCCUGGCGAGAACCCUGGCAAGGACCGCGCAUCGGUUGAGGCGGCUAUCAACAAGGCUCUCGUCGGCCCCAAGUCGCCUGGCGUCAUUGUCCUCGAGCACGAGCUCCGAAAGGAGACGGUGCAGAUCUUCGAAGACUACUACCCCAAGCUCAAGGGGCAGGGAUGGAAGCCCAAGGCCAUUUCGGACCUCGGCGCUGGAAUGCCAUGGUACACCAACGCACAGAAUGGCGCCGAAGCGCCUACAAAGGCCGACAGCAUCCUCCCUGGUGCGAUCCAGGCCGCCAAGACUUCGAAUGGC